AAGUCGCACAUACAUAACCAUUAAAGAGUGUUUUUUUAGAAAGGUUUUUUAAGUUGAACUUGGAGAUCAUCUGAUCAGAAAAGAGAAGAAGAGAUGGUCAAGAAAGCGAAAUGGCUGAAGAACGUUAAGAAGGCUCUUAGCCAAGAUUUAAAGAAACUGAAACAUAAAUCGGUUGAGUAUCAGAAUAGUGAGAUCUCUUAUCCUGUAUUAGUAGCUUCAUCCAGAAGUUCUCCUCCUCAGUUUGAGGUCAGAGUUGAUAAGGUCAAACAUAAGAAGAAUCUCUUCCCUCCUCCUCCUCCUCCUCCUCUAGAAGAAGAAGAAGAAGAUGUUCUUGUAGAUUCACCUCCAUCUUCUCCUGAGUUUGUUCCUCCAGCAGCUAAACCUUGUAGGUUUGCAGGAAAGUCAAAGGAAGAAGCAGCUGCCCUCUUAAUCCAGUCUACAUUCAGGGGUCAUUUGGCAAGAAGAGAGACACAGGGGAUGAGAAGGUUGGCUAGACUUAAGUUAUUGAUGGAAGGAUCGGUUGUACAACGGCAAGCUGCGCAUACACUUAAAUGUAUGCAGACUCUGACACGUGUACAGUCACAGAUCCGGUCUAGGAGAAUCAGGAUGUCAGAAGAGAAUCAAGCUCGACAUAAGCAACUUCUUCAGAAACAUGCCAAAGAGCUAGGAACCUCGAAGGUCUCACUCUUGUGUAACUUUUUUUUUUUUCAGAGUGGAGGUAAUUGGAACGACAGCAAUCAGUCCAAGGAGAAAAUCGAAGCAGGUUUGUUGAGUAAGUACGAGGCGACAAUGAGAAGAGAAAGGGCAUUAGCUUAUGCAUUCACACAUCAGCAAAACUUGAAGAGCAACAUGAGAUCUGGAAACACAAUGUUCAUGGAUCCUAGCAACCCGACUUGGGGUUGGAGCUGGUUAGAAAGGUGGAUGGCUGACAAGCCAUGGGAGAGCUCAGAGAAAGAACAAAACAAGAACGAAAAGUCGUCGGUUAAGACCUCGACCAACCGUAACUCACAUGGAGUAGAAACAACAAAAAUUUCAAACCGUAAAAAACUCAAUAGCUCGACUCAAUCCAAUAUCCCAUCAUCAUCAUCAUCAUCAUCAUCGACCACAAGAAACCCGAGAAAGAGCAAGCCAAACCAACCGCCCAUAAAAUCAAAGACCACUGAUGAAAUCACCAAGAGCUCGGAGAAGAACCGUAGGCACAACGUUGCAAGUUCAUCGGUUAGUGAUGACGAGGGCUUAGCUAGCUCAACGGCUAGACGUCGCAACAUGGUUCCCACAAAACCAACACGAGGCAAGCUCAAGGGUCAGAGCUCAUCAUCAGGCGUUGUCGCUGCUGUUAUCACCACCACGGCAACUACAGAGGAAACUAGUUGUGUUUUACGUGAGAAAGCACCGAUAAAGAAACGGACUUCUGUUGCACCCAAACCUAAACGAUCCUCAGCCCCGCCCAAGGUUGAAAGCAGCGUUCUAAAGACGGUGAGAACGCCGUGUGACUAA